CUCUGCACGAUGUGGUGGAUUGUGGCUGCUGUAGCAGCCGUUUCUCUAUGGUACUGGUUGUUUAUCCGCCCCCACAAAUACUGGCUGGAAAGGGGAGUGAAACCAGUAACUUCUGGAUUUCUCAUGGGGGAUACUUUAAGAGCGUUUUUGCGACAGCAGUCUCUUGCAGACAUGGUUGAGAUGGUUUAUAAAACUAGUCCGAAUACCAGGUACGCAGGCAGCUACCAGUUUUUUCAACCAAUUCUUCUAAUCAAGGACCCAGACCUCAUCAAGCAAAUCACCGUUAAAGACUUCGACCACUUUCUCGACCACCGGAACGUUUUUCCAGAAGACAGCGAGCCAAUAUUUUCGAAAAAUCUUUUCGCAUUAUCGGGUAAAAAGUGGCGCGACAUGCGAUCAACACUAAGUCCGGCUUUCACCAGCAGCAAAAUGAAGUACAUGUUCACUUUAAUCUCACAAAGUGGCGAACAAUUCGUAAAUUAUUUUUUGAAAAAAGACGAAAAUUUUAUUACAGUUGAAAUGAAGGGCACUCUUACUAGAUUCACUAACGACGUCAUCGCCAACACUGCUUUUGGAGUGGAAUGCGACUCUUUGAGCGACAGGAACAACGAGUUUUAUUUAAUGGGAAAAGAAGCCAUAAAUUUCACCGGUUUUUGGAAAAAUUUGAGGUUCUUUGGACUAAUCUUAAUGCCUAAAAUCGCUAAGUUUUUUAAACUCACUAUAUUUUCAAAAGACGUUAGCGACUUUUUCACCAAUCUAGUCACAAGUAAUAUUCAAAGUCGCGAAAAGCAUGGAAUUGUGAGACCGGAUAUGAUCCAUCUUCUCCUCGAAGCUCGAAAAAACGGUCUCAAACACGACGAAAAGCAGCUUGUUCAAGACGCAGGUUUUGCAGCAGUUGAGGAAUCAGAAAUCCACAAGGACCCUAAAAACACGAAAUUAAAAAUCACAGACCAAGACAUCACCGCACAAGCUUUGGUGUUUUUCUUUGCUGGGUUUGACUCAGUAGCUGCACUCAUGUGUUUCAUGGCUCACGAACUUGCUGUUAAUCCCGACGUCCAGAAAAAGCUUCUCCUGGAAGUAGAUGAAACUCUGGACUUUUGUAAGGGUAAAAUCACUUAUGAGGCGCUUCUUGGUAUGAAAUACAUGGACAUGGUUGUGUCUGAAACUUUAAGAAAGUGGCCUAAUGCUGUUGUUUCGGAUAGAGUUUGCACAAAAGCAUACACCAUAGAGCCUAAAUUUCCAGACGAGGAACCUGUUCAUUUGGACAUAAAUGAUGCGGUAUCGUUUCCCGUUUAUGGUAUUCACAGAGAUCCUCACUACUAUCCAGAACCAGAGCGUUUUGAUCCUGAAAGGUUUAACGAUGAAAACAAGGUCAAUAUUAAUCCCUACACGUAUAUGCCUUUUGGGGCCGGACCUAGGAAUUGUAUUGGUUCUAGGUUUGCUUUACUGGAGACAAAAACGUUAUUUUUUUAUAUUUUGUCACAUUUUGAAUUAGUUCCUGUGGAGAAGACGCAGAUACCUUUAGUUUUAAGUAAGACGCAGCUGAAUUUGAGCUCGGAAAAUGGGUUCUGGUUAGGACUUAGAAAACGCUGUAAAAUUUAAAAAUUUACCGUUGUUAUAUAAAAUCAAAAAUGAAAAUGUUCCUUCACAAAUGGGAAAUAUUUUACCAAUUAUGUAAGAACCUAAUUUUUAAUAAAAAUUACCUCUCUA